UCGUCUUCGGUUAAACUCUCCCAGAUUGCGACGAAAUGAUUAUUCACAACAUAACAGAAAUUUAUUCCAUUCGCGUCAAGGGAUUAGCCAACCAAACAAGAUUUUUGAAGGCGAACUACAAGAUUUAAUCAAUGACGACAAUCUAUGAUCUCUAAACGAACAAAGGUAAUAAAGCGGUAGAACUCCUUUGGUUAAGCAAACAUAACAAUUUCAUUACAGAGGUGAAUAACUCACGCGAAGACGAUUUCGUGUAAAAGGGAACCACACAUUGACAAAAAACUCGAGCGAUUGGCUUGAACAUGGCUGUGACGGAUCAAGAUAUCUUUUCGAUGGUUAUUCUGGGCAUCUUUUCCCUGUUCAUCGUCAUAUCAAACUCCUGCGUAUGCCUCUUGGUCAUCUUGAAGAAAGCUCUACGAACCACUACGAAUUGGCUUAUGGUGUCACUCGCUGUAUCAGACAUAUUAACAGGAGGAGUUUUGCUGCCUAUCUACCUCAUCAAGCCAUUUUCGAUUGUAACAGGUUAUUUGGUGAGCAUAAUAUUACUCUCGGGUGUUGCAAACCUAUGCGCUGUAACGUACGAUCGAUAUGUUGCAGUAAUCAAGCCACUGGAAUACCCGUAUCGGGCACCAAAGAUACGAAAAAGGGCUCCUAUACUUUCGUGGUUACUUUCAUUGAUUUACUCUUUACUGCCUCUGUUUUGGAACACUAAUGUCAGCCUCACAAUACAUAAGGUUUACAUGAUUUGUUUACAGAGUUUUGGUAUUAUUGCGCCAUAUGCUUUAAUGACUGUCGCAUACGUGCGAAUGUUUAUGCAAGUUCGAAGGGGUAUGACAAAGAACGAGCAUCUGAGAUCUUUCAGAGUGCACAAUCAUGAGGGAAAAAGAAUGUCUUCAGACGCUAAGGUGGCAAAAGUGUUUGCCAUAUUUGUUUUAGCUUUCCUUCUCUGCUGGCUGCCAAUCAUCUGCAUAACAACUGCAAAAAUUGUUAACAGAGAUGACGUCAUCCCAGAAGCCCUCAGCGUUGCGUCUUUGUUUACAGUGGCAAUAUGUUCAUUGCUGAAUCCACUCGUGUAUACUUUCCUCAAACCUGAUUUCAAGAGGGCCUUUUGCAACUUCUUUCGAACGCGUUCUUCCACAAACACGGUUUUGUACGGGCGAGGUAUCUCGUCAGAAGGAGGAAUACGACCUAAAAUAUAUGUCCAACAGAAAAAUUUAGAUCAGGCAAAAAAUUAUCCAGUGGAAGAUUUGUCCCAGCUUUCAUUGGAUUGUAAAUGAGUUUAUGUACGGCAUCACUAGACUCUUGUAAUUCCUAGAAUGUCAGUUUUAUAACACAAUUUCGAGCUUUUUUUUUGAAGCUCGGUAUUUUUAUCACAAAAUACUAAUUGUUUACUCCUUUUUAAAAGUUAACUGACAAAAGCAAAAUAAUUUUUUCAUCUAAAUUUCUUACAUUUCGUUAAAUCGAAGUUGGCUGCCCGGAUGCAACUCGCAGAGAGCUUCUUGCAGAAAACAAACCACAUCUCCUUGUUGAAAUAUUAUUAAACUUAUUAGAGGCGACGAAGUGUUUUCCAAAAUUAAUCUAGCGGUGCACUACAGACGUUUCCCCGACAAAGUCUGUGGGGCUACUGU